AUGCUCGUGAGCGAAGGUUACGGCCCCGUCGUGACUAGCCCCGGACACAGUGGUCAUAAGUGGAACGGCUACGUCGAUAAGCAAGCUGACCUCGGCAGGAGCGGUGCGAGGGACUGCGGCGCGCCGGAGUGGCAAGACGAGUCUGUCCCAACAGACGCAGACGACGGGGAGAGCAGCACCGUGGGCGACGACAUGCCUAUCAACGGAGGAGGUACAACCAUCCCACUCGACGACAUCGGUGAUGGGGCCUCUAGCUACGCCGAUGACCCACCCGACUCCCCCGAAAACGAUCCGCUGCCGAGCGCCCCGCCCUCGCCGCCUAAAGCCCCAGUCGUGGAGCAGGGGGGGAUAUGGAUUUCAUACACGCCGAGCGCGCAGGCGCGACACAUCAGGGACAAUAAGGGGAUCCGGCGUGAAAGAGCUAUCGUCAUCGACCUUGACCCAGCCGAUCCCACCGACGUCGACGCCAUCACCUCCGCGGCUGCCGCGCUUUCGCUCGACGACACCGUAGAGAAUCGCACCGAGGACCUUGCCGAGGCGAUGGGCCGGAUCACUUUGGACCCCGACCCCGCCCCCACCCCUCGGGGUGGGGGCACCCGCCCCUGUCGGGCACCGCUUGCGGCGCCUGGCGGGGGCACCCCCUGGGUGGGGGCCGGCGACUCCCAUGCCGGCUAUCCGCCACAACCCCCGCCGGGAGGGAAUCCCUGCUCACACAAAAGGGCUCCGAGCCCUGUCUCGCGCACGCCCCUGGCGGGCGCCGCGGACCAGUUCCGCGAGCGCCCGUCAGCGGGUGGUGUGCGGUUCUUGCCGUAG